UGGCACAUGUCACGAAUUUUAUUUGAUUAAUAUAAAUAGGAACAAUAAACUUAGAUCAUAAACUAAGCAGCAUUAACAUGAAUUUCUCGGAAAGAUAAUAUGUUUAUCACAUGCAAAACUGGUACAUAAAAUGUAAAACAUUAGCAAAAAGUAUUCCAGUUGAAAAAGUGAACGGAUCACAAUUAGAUCAAGAUGUGGCUAAGACUACUUAUAUCGCUGCUACUAGCUGCUUAUUUGGAUGCCAAUUGCGACGUGUGUCAGACUGGGAGGGCAGCCUGUCAUAGCGAGAAUACCUUCUCCAUAUGCAUUGCUGGUGAACCGACUUACGAUGUCAUAGAAUGUCCAACUGAUUAUAUUUGUACCGGCGAGAAAUACAUAUGUUAUGAAAAGGAUCACUAUCAACCCAUCUGCAUGCCCGGCGCGACGACCACAACUCCAGUGCCAACCACAACCCCAAUCCCAACCACAACUCCAGUGCCUACCACAACUCCAGUGCCUACCACAACUCCAGUGCCAACCACAACCCCAAUCCCAACCACAACUCCAGUGCCAACCACAACUCCUGUGCCAACCACAACCCCAAUCCCAACCACAACUCCAGUGCCAACCACAACUCCAGUGACAACCACAACCCCAAUCCCAACCACAACUCCAGUGCCAACCACAACUCCAGUGCCAACCACAACCCCAAUCCCAACCACAACUCCAUGCCAACCACAACCCCAAUCCCAUCCACAACCACAAGAGCCUCGACAACCACUGAACAAAUUGAGGACCUAG